AUGCUCGGCCUCAGAAGCGGCCUGACGAAGGCUUUGGCCGCAAGGUCGCUCGCGCCUCAGAUGUGUUCAUCUUUUGCUACUGGCCCCAGACAGUUUGAUGGCACAUUAUAUGAAAUUCGUAGUUACUACAUUAAACCCUCAAAGAUGAAUGAGUUCCUGGAAAAUAUUAAUAAAAAUAUUCAUAUUCGGACAGCUCACUCUGAACUGAUUGGAUUCUGGAAAGUAGAAUUUGGAGGCAAAGUGAACAAAGUGUUUCAUAUUUGGAAGUAUGAUAAUUUUGCUCAUCGAACUAAAGUUCGAAAAGCCUUGGCCGAAGAUAAAGAAUGGCAAGAAAAAUUCCUCAUUCCAAAUUUGUUUCACGUAGAUGAACAAGAGUUUGAGAUUGCUUACCUGGUACCCUGGUGCAAAAUAGAAAAGCCUCCAAAGGAAGGAGUCUAUGAACUGGUCACUUUUCAGAUGAAGCCCGGUGGCCCAGCUUUGUGGGGUGAGGCGUUUCAAAGGGCAAUCAAUUCCCAUGUCAAUCUAAACUACAACAAACUAAUUGGAGUUUUCCACACAGAAUAUGGACUGCUGAACAGAGUGCAUGUUCUUUGGUGGAAUGAGAGUCUGGAUAGUCGUGCAGCUGGGAGACAUCAGUCUCAUGAGGACCCCAGAGUUGUGGCAGCUGUUCGGGAAAGUGCCAGCUACCUGGUAUCGCAGGAGAAUAUGCUUAUGACUCCUUUACCUUUUUCACCAUUGAAAUAG